AGGAAACAUGGAGAAUAGCAUGUUAGUUCCUUUGGGAAGCUACUGACAAAUAAGCAAAUUAAAAAGAAAGAGAGCAGCAUGUUGUCAUAGCAACAGUGCAAUUAAAUUACUUUACUGUCAGCCAUGAUAUAAUUUUCCUGUUUGGAAGCUGAGGAGACAUAAAACUUUCAUCUGGAGCUAAAGUUGACUUCAGCGGCUGGGUGGCUGUUCUCUUUUGUACUCGGCUGUGGGGAUAUUCCUGGUUAUCAGAAAAUUAGGUUUUUUGAUGGGAUUCUUGGAAACUGAGAGAAACAAGUCUCGCUUUGAUUUGCUCAUAAGGAAGGUAAAAGCAGUGUCAGGCUGGUCUCUGUCUUACCCCCAAAUCUAAGAUACUAGGUUAUUUUUUAAAAUGUGUCGUGUGCUACUCAGGUCAGCCUCCUUACUUGACAGAAAGAUGUUCCCCGUGAAUGCACCUGAGGUGUCUGCACUGCUCUGCUCCGUGGCAUGUUGGUGCUUGGGGAAGGUUUCUCUCCUGUGAGUUGGGCAUCUCACAGCAGCUCCAGAAGCAACCCUGCAGGCCUUCUGUUUCUCAGAGUCUGUUUGUUCACCUUUUAGAGGAAGGAGAGUCUUGCUGCUUUCCAGCACCCUUGGCUGGCUGUUUAGGGCCCAUGUUAUGUUUUCUAGAAUCUCAUUCUAGAGCUUCUCCAGCUGAAGUGGCAGUUACUUUAGGCAUGGACAUUGCGAGCCUUAGAAUGAUCAUGUCUUUGCUUUCAAUGUGUUUGUUCUUUUUUCUAGAUAGACUGCUUGAUUUUCUUACUCAGGGUAGGGUAGGGGAUAAAACAGACAGGCUUCUUAAACAGCACAUUGUUUGAGUGCUGCAGACCGAGAGUGGGAGACUUUGAAUACUGUUCUUUCUCACAUCGAGCAUUCGAGGGUGGAAAGUGCUUUGUAUCUGUCGGGGUCAUUCUGUUUGUGGACUUGUCACCUCCCCAUUUUCUUUUCUCAUCAGAUAUUUGACUCCCUGUUCUAGGUCAUUGAUAAAAAUGGGGCAGGGGCAGAAUAGAGUUCUGUCUCAAUUUUUGUUGGAUUUGCCUUCUUGUCUUAAAGCUCCUGGUUGCUCUCCUGACUUUUUUCCCCACCAAUUCUAAUUUCAGUUAAUAGCUCAUCUUCCCAUUUAUUUAUGUGGUGCCUGAAGUUACUCACUUUUUCAUUCAGAGUGUUGUGUCCCAAGAAAAUUAAAUGCGCUCCCUCCUCCAGUAUGAAUCCAGAGAAUUCCCUGGCAUCACUCUUCAGACUUGCAAAAUGUCAUUAAAGUUGCAGAGUGUUUGCUCAUGACUUGUGGAAAGAAAAAUUAAAUAACGCACUAUCAGACUGAUGUUCACCAUGGCCACAGUUUUAAUUCCCAGGCAGUUGUGAUGGUCUUUUAUGGAAACAGCCAAACUUAAUCUGAAACAACUGGCCUUAAAACUUACAGGAGCCUUCACGUAAAUGGGCCCAGUCAUGCCUCCCAGUAAGAAGCCAGAAAGCUCAGGAAUUCGUGUCUCCAGUGGGCUGAGUCAGUGUUACCGGGGCAGUGGUUUCUCCAAGGCCCUGCAGGAAGACGAUGACCUCGACUUUCCUCUGCCUGACAUCCGACUAGAAGAGGGGGCCAUGGAAGAUGAAGAGCUGACCAACCUGAACUGGCUGCACGAGAGCAAGAACUUGCUGAAGAGCUUCGGGGACUCGGUCCUGCGGAGUGUCAGCCCCGUCCAGGACCUGGACGAUGACACGCCCCCAUCCCCUGCCCACUCUGACAUGCCCUAUGAUGCCAGGCAGAACCCCAACUGUAAACCCCCCUACUCCUUCAGCUGCCUCAUAUUUAUGGCCAUCGAGGACUCUCCAAGCAAGCGCCUGCCGGUGAAGGACAUCUACAACUGGAUCUUGGAACAUUUUCCGUAUUUUGCAAAUGCACCUACUGGGUGGAAAAACUCAGUGAGACAUAAUUUGUCAUUGAAUAAGUGUUUUAAGAAAGUGGACAAAGAGAGGAGUCAGAGUAUCGGGAAAGGGUCAUUGUGGUGCAUAGACCCAGAGUAUAGACAAAAUCUAAUUCAGGCUUUGAAAAAGACACCUUAUCACCCACACUCGAAUGUGUUCAAUACACCUCCUGCCUCUCCUCAGGCAUAUCAAAGCACAUCAGGUCCACCCAUCUGGCCGGGCAGUACCUUCUUCAAGAGAAACGGAGCCCUUCUACAAGAUCCUGACAUUGAUGCUGCCAGUGCCAUGAUGCUUUUGAAUACUCCCCCUGAGAUACAAGCAGGUUUUCCUCCAGGAGUGAUACAAAAUGGAGCACGGGUUCUGAGCCGAGGCCUGUUUCCUGGAGUCCGGCCCUUGCCCAUCACUCCCAUUGGAAUGACAGCAGCCGGGAGGAACGGCCUCACCAGCUGCCGGAUGCGGACUGAGAGCGAGCCAUCGUGUGGCUCCCCGGUGGUCAGCGGAGACCCCAAGGAGGAUCACAACUACAGCAGUGCCAAAUCCUCCAACGCCAGGAGCACCUCGCCUGCCAGCGACUCCGUCUCCUCCUCCUCGGCCGACGACCACUACGAGUUUGCCGCCAAGGGGAGCCAGGAGGGCAGCGAGGGCAGCUUCCAGAGCCACGAGAGCCACAGCGAGACGGAGGAGGAUGACAGGAAACGCAGCCCGAAGGAGGCCAAGGAUGCUCUGGGGGACAGCGGCUAUGCGUCCCAGCACAAGAAGCGCCAGCACUUCGCCAAGGCCAGGAAGGUCCCCAGCGACACGCUGCCCCUCAAAAAGAGACGCACGGAAAAGCCCCCCGAGAGCGAUGACGAGGAGAUGAAAGAGGCGGCAGGAUCCCUCCUGCACUUGGCGGGGAUUCGGUCCUGUUUGAAUAACAUCACCAAUCGGACGGCAAAGGGGCAGAAAGAGCAAAAGGAAACCACAAAAAAUUAAAAACAAGUCACUGAUUUGUUUUGAACUUACGGCCAUUUGGUUUCAGCAUGUCAGGAGAUUUCUAAUGAUUUGUGGCAAUAUCAGCAAUUUAUUAUUUUUUUCUUUUCUUUUCUUUUUUUGGUUUGGUUUUCUUUCUUUUCUUUCCUUUUUUUUUUUUUUAAUUUGCCCCCCUCCUUUGUUUUGGACCCUUAAGAAUUUUAUGUUUAAAGGAGAUUGAAGCCAUAGAACUCAUAUUGACACUCAGCUGUUUUACAAAAGCUUUUCAUUAUCUGAAGACAAAAUGAAAAAGCCAAAAUUACCAUUGCUUCCUCCAGCUUGUCAGAAACCCGUGGCUGAAUCCGCAGGGAUGGCAACGAAAAGGCCACAGGGAUACACAUCUGGCACCUAGAAGGCACGUGUGCAAAGUAACCAUCCAUCAGGCCCAACCUUUAGGUUUUAAAAGUCAGGAUAUCCACCCAGUUGGAUCUGCCGAGUGAAUGCACAUAAGGCAACUGAGGAGAAGGAGGGACCCUGGGUUUCCCUAGGAGGGGCAGGAUGGUCACCAGUCCUCUGUGCUUCUUAACUGUGAAGCCUAGUAGCAUCUUACCAGGUGGACACUGGGCCAUCCCUGUACAACAGGUGUCGAUGACUCAUGAGAAGCACGUGGGUCAGUUUGUAGUGAUGUUGCUAAUCGUUGAAUUCUGAUCUAUAGUAAAUGAGAAUGUUCCACAAGCCAUAAGCCUGAAGGUUGGUCCUGCACACACACACAUGCACACCACACACACACAACACACACACACAUAGAUACACAAGAGCAAAAGAGAAAAAAACUGAUGCAGAAAAAACAAGCUCUGUCUUCUUAACUGCCCAAGUGAAAAGCAAAUCCAAGAAAUUACAGUAGCUGUUAAGGAAGGAAAUAAUGGUACAAACCUUUUUCUGUCUGUCAAAACCAUUUGAUCCAAGUGAAAACAAAACAAAACUAAAAGCUACAGAACCUGCCAUUAGUAUUGUGGUGUAUUUUUUAAAGAUGAAAGGCACAUUGAUGGACAAACUAAAGUGAAAACAUGGCAAAAAAAGAAAAAAAGAAAAAGAAAAAACUCCUAUACUGCCCUCAAAAUGGAGUUUGCAAUUAAUUAAUGUCAGGAUUCAUCUUUGCAAAAAUCCAGUGAUUUCCACACUCAGUCAGUGUAGCCAGCAGAAAUUUCUGAUCCACAAUGCAUGGAAUUCCUUUGAAAAAAGAAGAAAAAAAAUGAAAAAAAAUCACAAAACACAAACUUUUUUUUAUUCAAAAGUAACGAAGUUCUUGUAAGGUAAAUAAUGUAUCUAGCAUGAAGCAUGAAUUAUUUUCAUAUAAAUAUAGAAAAUAGAGAAAAGGCUAUGCCUCUAAUUUUUAAGCCCUUAGGCUUAGAGGUUCUUUUGGUUUUCUUCUUUUUCCUUUUUUUUUCUCUCCUUUAGUUUUCUUUUUUUGUUGUUUUUACUUUUUUUCCCUUUUUCUGAUUAUUUUGUUUUGGUUUUUUGAAGCAGGUGUUUAAGGUUUAACCUUCUUCAGGGACAAAUUGACUGUUGGGGAACUUACUCUGCAAUAUAAAAAUAUCUUCAUGUUCUGGUAGGGCCUGGAUGGUGGAUCUCUGUACUGCCUUGUCUGCACUUCAGCCCCCGAGCCCCUCUGAUUCUCUGUUGAAACGUGUGUCCUUUCUCUCUGUCUGUACAUGUUUACCAUGACGCAAUAAUUUGAGGGCAAACUUAGUAGUGAGUGUGUAUGAUAGAAUCAAGAGAAUUAUGGGACGCUGACUUGAGAAAACCAUGACCGUGAUUUGGUUCUAGGAAAAAGGCAGUGAAUAAUUAUGCAAAUUCACCAGGAGAAGGGGAAACACACGAAUGGGCCUUAUUGGAUGAGGGUGUGAGUUAGGGUACACGGAAGGAGGAAGUGAAUGGGUGUUGGGAGGACCCGCCCCCGACGCUGUCCCGUGACUUCAUCUCACGGUGGGAAGGAGGGGCCGGCCAUCUCUACCACCUCGGUACACGAACCAUCCUGGAAUGAAGCCCACCUAGGUUGUGAGAGCUGAAUUUAGACAACCAGAUAAUGUCACGCAGACCAGAAACUCUUGUUAUCUUUGCCUAAGAGAAGCUAUUUGGGGAGAUCCAGAGAAGCCUCUAAAAGAAUUUGAUCUUCCACCCACAUGGAAGGGAAAUAUAGAACACAAACAAGAGCACCCACUAUGGUGGCUCAGGAUCUGAUGUUGAGGGAAAGGAAGGGAAGUGGGGUGAUGGUGAUUUUAAAAACGAGGCAGUGUGGGCCGCUGGGGUGCCCCCCUGCCAGCACCAGGCACAAUCCGAAGCUCCAUCAGCCAGGACAGUGGGAAUUACCUGGUGCAUUCUCUUCCUCUGGGUUGCUGAUGAGAGAACCUGAAAGAAAAUCUGCACCCACAUGCAGGUCAGAGCCUGAAGACCUCCAGCGUAUCUGUGCAGGGUGUGGCUGGGAAUAAGGAUGUCUUUUUGAAGUGCUCUGUUCCCUCCGUCUCCCCAAACAUCUGACACCCCAAAAGCCAUCCACAGCUGUGGAACCUAAGCGACACUUUGAUUUGUGUUGUCACCUGACCCUGCCCACCUCCGUCCCCCGCCCUCACUCCACCCCUAAGAUCAAAUUCAGACUUCCCUCCGCAAAGGCAGAGGUCAACGUCCAGGACGGUUUCUGGCCGGGGGGGUUCUUCCGAUUAAAACCCCCCACAGUGGGCUGUCUCCCCUCAUUUCCUUUUUCUAAAGGAGCAAAGGCCUCUUUUAGAAAAUAAUAAAAUGCAAUGUGUGUGAUUUACUUUUCUGAUCUCUUUGAGAAAUAGAUAAAUAUCUUAUAAAAGUGUGUUCUUAACUCCAGAACCACUCUUUUUGCAUAAAUACCUCAUCGGGCAGCUUUCUAAGUGUUACUUUCCUGAGUGUCCCUCAGUCCCUUCUUAGGAGCCGCUGGGAGACGUAGGGGAAACUUUAGUGAGGGUACUUUUUUCUAUUUUUCUUCUGUUUUUGGAGGCAUACACAUUAUGCAUAACCAAAACAAUGGCUCAAUUGUGUUUAACUUUGUAUUUUGAUUGUUGAGAAAAAAAAAAGUAUCGAUGUGUAUGUGGCCGUUUGUAGUGAAUUCAUUGCAGAAUGAGGUUGCCCAUGUCCUUGCCAAGCCAAGGGGCAAGGAGCACCCUCUCACCCCCUUCCUCCAAGAGCAGUAGAGAAUUUAAGCACAAGCCUAUUUGUGAAAGAAUAUUUUGCUCAAGUGUAAUUCACUUUAGUCUUGGAAUUCCUUCCCAAACGUCAGGUGUUCUUUUAGCUUUCGAACUAGCCUAUGUAUUCAUUAGUCUGACAAAGUCGCCUGAGCACCGUUCAAGGGGUGUGGUGGUGUUUUUGCUUUCGUUUCUCCUGCUGGGAGAAGUGGCAUUUCGUGUGUCAUUCCAGUGUCUCACAUACUCAAAUGGGGCGGGGGGGAGGGGGAAAUGGGGAACUAUAGCAAUAUUUGAAGAUGCUUUGGAAAACAACCGUGAACACAUCUGCACCGUGACAUCCACAGUUACUUGCUGUUGGUCCUCGGACACAUUUAAGAGAAAGAGACUGGCUCUUUAUUCUUAAAUGAUGUGCGCAUAGACAGUUAUUUUUAUGCUACUACAAUUGUCUGUUAUCUUUACCUAGUACUUCGUGGAAGGGGUUUGCAUCAUAGACUUCCCAGCCUUAUAAUAUAACUCAUAAGCUCCUACUUCCCUUGCCCCUCUCUGACCACUCUCCGUUCAAGAGUUCUUUGGUAGAACUGUCUAUCUGAAAGUCAAAUGAACCCAACCCACAGGUAGACGGUUUGAGAAACCACAGCCAAGACCACAGUGGCAGGUUUUGGUCUUGGUGCUGAGUGUUUAAGAAGGGAUGUGUUGGAAGCUUUUCCCAAGAGCUGACUUUUGUCUUGUAGGGGCGCUCGGCCUGUCUGGCCCUUGCUGGGCGUGGCAGUGAGUACCACGGGGUAUUCUGGAGGAGGUCACUGCACUGAAUGGCCGUCCUGCCUAGGAGACAACUUCAGGCUUCAACAGUUUGGAUGGCUUUGGUGCCCGGCUCAGUCCUGGGACACAGCAAGACUGCUCUGCACCCAGUGCUGCUGACUCCCCGGUCCAGUUACCCCACCCUACGUGUGUGGGCCCUCUGCCUCUCUCAUCAGAGGGCUCUUGGAGAAGGAAUCAGAGUUCUGUACCAGUGACCUCCAUGGGAGGGUUUUCCAUAUGGGAUUGGAUUCGAUGCAAUGUGACUUCUCUUUCCAUUUCACCUUGAUUCAGGUUGGGACUCGUUUCUUUCUGGUGGAUCACAGCUGCCCAGAUGUUGCAGUUUUAUCUUUUGUGUUUCUGUAGAGGAGUAUUUUUCUUUCAUCUUCAGGAUUUUUUUCUCUCUCUUUUUUGCCACCAAAAGAACACGUUUGAACCCCAUGUCCCCUCUUGAUCGUGACUUACCAGUGUUGACAGUUACAUCCUUAGUGUUGUAGGUCCCAGCUCCAGUACUAUAUCAAACACUGUUAUGCACAUAAUGCAGCACUGUGAUCUAAUUUAAAUAAUACUUUUUUAUUAUUUAUACUACUAUAUAUAAUAUACAUCAACACUUUUGCUAUAUAACCUAAGUGGUAACCCUCUUUUUAGUUCCCUGCCAAAACUCGGGACUUUGGUCUAUAUCGCAGUCAACACAGUUACAAAGUUGUAAUGGUGUCUUUUUUUUUUUCCUUUUUAUUUGUAACGAAAUGUGUAAAUCAACGUAUAUACAUUGUGUGGUGUUCCUGUAUCUGGAGUCCCAUGAGGAUUUACACAUGGCAUUCAGUGUUCUGUAUAGACCCGCCUGCCUUUGUGAAUUCAUCUGUUGACCCUUCUUCCUUUGAGAGAACACUGGUGACGCUGGUGAACUCUUGUUCUCUCUCUGCCCCCGCCCCCCUCCCACUGGUUAUUCUUGAAUUAAGCACAGACGCAUCAGCUCCGUUGCUUCAUCAUGAAUAAUGCGUGUGACCUUGCAAUUCUUCCACAGUUCAGCAAACAAGUGCUAGCUUCACUGACCAAAAAUUUAGGAAGGAAAAUCCGAUUUUUAAAAUGAUCCAUCUUUCCACAGCCGAAACCAAUAUGUCUAUGGUGCUGCAUUUUGCUGUCUGUCCUACUUUUGAAAUCAGACCUGGGUGAAAGAUCACUUCUGACUCAACUGUGAUACGCUCACAAGUACCCUUCCUGUUCGUUUUGUUAGCGUUGAAAUCAAGACUAUUUAUUUGGAAUCUAUACAACAGUGUUUGCCACUGUCUUUCACUUGCAAAAAGUUGAGAACAGCCUUCCCUACUUUUUGCAAAGGAUUACUAUUCCAUAUUGGAUUCUCAAAGACUUCGAUAUGGGGAAACUCUCACACCUAGAAAUUGUCUUUCAUCCUUUCAUGACUGUGGCCUGAGUUCCCAACCCCUCCCUUUUUUUAGAUGAAACUCUUAGCACAAUUUCAGUUAUUUAAACAUUCAGCAUUGUGUGUUGAGCCAUCGAAGCUCACAGCUGAUUCAGUAACCAGUUUCCUGCUGUCAUUCACACUCACUACUUACACUGCCAUGGUGACAAUGUGGAGGAAACAAGUGUCCGUGUGUGUCUGGGAAGCAUUAUAAGCUUGUACAUUUUAUUUUUUAUACUCUGAUUCUGUAACAUUUCUGAGUUUUGUUUUUGUUUUACAGAAAAAAUAAGUAAAUAAAUAACAGUGAUCAAGCAAUCAGAAGACAAGAGGUUUACUCUCAAGACUUAGGGUCAUCGGACCUCUGGCCAAUAGACCUCCGUGGCCAAAUUCAUUUACUAGAGUAAUAAGUUUUCGAAAGCCAAUUUUUUUUCUGUAUCUUUCUGUAUGAAACUGCCAAUAUCAUGAAUAGAAAGGGAGAACCAUGAGAAAGGAGGUGACGUUCAGUCGCAUUUGUGUUACCUAGAGGAGCAGUGUGGGAGCUGGCACGAUCAGCCAAACUUUAGGGACCUGGUGGAGUUGCUUCGGAGGCACCCAUACUUGCAUUUCGCAUUCUCCAUAUGUAAUCAUAUUGCCAAAGACAAACUAUUCAUCAUUUAUUGUAAAUAACACUUUCCCCCAGACCUACCAUAAAGUUUCUGUGAUGUAUUGUCUUCCAGUUGCAAUAAAAAUUACUGAGUUGCAUCAAUUGAAGAAAAAUGCCAUGUCGUAUUGUGUGCACUGCGUCUCCAUGUGCAAAUGCUGAGCAGUAAAAUCAUUUAUAUUUCCUACCUGCA